AAGCCCGCCAAUAAUGCACGCAAAUUAUUCCUGUGGAGGCUUCCUGACCCAGCCAUCUGGGUACUUUUCCAGCCCGUUCUAUCCGGGGAACUAUCCAAACAACGCCAAUUGUCUGUGGGACAUUGAAGUCCAAAACAACUACCGUAUCACAGUUGUCUUCAGAGAUGUCCAGCUUGAAGGGGGCUGCAGUUAUGACUAUAUUGAGGUGUUCGACGGCCCCUCCCACAGUUCCUCUCUGAUCGCCCGGGUUUGUAAUGGAUCCAUGGGUCCCCUCAUUUCCUCAUCGAACUUCAUGUCCAUCCGCUUUGUCAGUGAUGGCAGCAUCACGAGGAGGGGCUUCCAGGCCAACUACUACUCCAGCCCUUCUGAAGAUAACACCAAGUUGCUUUGUCUGCCAAACCACAUGCAAGCCAGCGUGAGGAGGAGCUACCUCCAGUCCCUGGGCUAUUCUGCCAUGGACCUUGUCAUUUCCACCCGGAAUGAAAGCUCCCAGUGUCAGCCCCAGAUAACGGCCAGCCAGGUGUUGUUCACAAUUCCAUAUUCCGGCUGCGGCACCACCGAGCAGGUAGAUAAUGAUACCAUCACCUAUUCCAACUUCCUCAAAGCAGCUGCUCCAAGUGCCAUCAUCAAGAGGAAGAAGGAUCUCCACAUUCACAUCAGCUGCAAAAUGCUCCAGAACACCUGGGUUGACACCAUGUACAUCGCUAAUGACACCGUCAACAUCAAUGAAGUGCAGUAUGGCAAUUUUGACGUGAACAUUUCCUUUUAUGCAUCAUCUUCAUUUUUAUACCCGGUGACCAGCAACCCCUACUACGUGGACCUGAACCAGAACUUGUACCUUCAGGCCGAGAUCAUCAAUUCUGAUACCUCCCUGACCUUGUUUGUGGAUACCUGUGUGGCGUCCCCGUAUUCCAAUGACUUUACAUCUUUGACUUAUGAUCUAAUCCGGAGUGGGUGCGCCAAGGACAGCACCUACCGCUCCUACCCCCAGCCCUCGCCUCGCAUCGUCCGAUUCCAGUUCAGCUCCUUCUUCUUCCUGAGGCGCUUCCCCUCUGUGUACCUGCACUGCAAGAUGGUGGUGUGCAGGGCCAACGACUACUCCUCCCGCUGCCGCAGGGGCUGCAUCGUCAGGGCCAAGAGGGACGUGGGCUCCCACCAGGAGGUGGACGUCGUCCUUGGACCCAUCCUGAAGCGGGACCCGCGCACUGAGAAGAGGGACCUGGUGACGAGCCAGCCCUCCCGCCCUUAGGCCCCAGAGGGGCAGGGACCCGGGAUGUUUCUGUGGGCAUCGCGUCCCCCCUCCGAUUGGAUGUCCCCACGUGCC